AUGGCUAAAAACGGAGUUUCAUCAAUGGAGGGAAACCAAAGUAUGUAUAGCAUUCUAAUGUUUCCAUGGUUGGGGCAUGGACAUGUAUCCCCUUAUCUUCAACUAGCCAAGAAUCUCUCUAAGAGAAACUUCAAAAUGUACUUUUGUUCAACACCAGUCAGUCUCGAUUCCGUCAGAGGAGCUCUUGCAAGGAGCUCAGAUGGCGCCACGAUCCAUCUAGUCGAGCUUCAUCUCCAAUCAUCACCCGAGCUUCCUCCAGAGUACCACACAACGAAAAAUAUACCACCAACUCUCAUUCCCAAACUCAUUGAGGCCUUUAACAAGUCAAAAUCCAGUUUCUCUACCAUACUUUCCUCCCUAAAACCUGAUAUGGUGAUCUACGACAGAUUGCAGCCGUGGGCGGCCACAGCCUCCUCGUCUCUAGGCAUUCCCGCCAUUAAUUUUACACCAGGAGCAGCUUUUGUGCAUGCAUAUUACUACCACCACUGGACAAACUCACCUUUCCCUUAUGAUGCAUUAAAUCUUCAAGACUACAAAGAAAGGCAAAUGCCCUCAGAAAACGCGGUCGUGUCAAAGAUCAUCCAGGACGAUGAUCAAAAUCCUGGAUCUGCUCAUUUCAAGCUAUCUCAAGACAUUAUCUUGGUAAAGACAAGCAGAAGUUUCGAAGAGAAGUACAUUGACUACUUAUCUGUCUUGCUGCAGAAAACAAUUGUCCCUGUCGGUCCACUUAUUGCACGAGCAACGAAUGAGGAUGAUGAUUCAGGUAUCUUGCAAUGGCUGAGCAGCAAGAGCCGGUUUUCGACUGUUUUCAUCUCUUGUGGGAGUGAGAACUACUUUUCCAAGGAUCAGAUGCAAGAGGUAGCUAAGGGGCUGGAGAUAUCCAAGGUGAACUUCAUAUGGGUUGUGAGGUUUCCUAAAGGGGAGAGAGUUUCUCUAGAUGAGAUGCUGCCAAAGGGAUUUCUCGACCGAGUGGGAGAGAGAGGCCGGAUUAUUCAAGGAUGGGCACCACAGGAUGAUAUUCUAGCACAUCCUAGUAUUGGUGCUUUUGCGAGUCAUUGUGGUUGGAGCUCUACACUCGAGAGCAUUCAUUUUGGUGUGCCGGUUAUAUGCAUACCUUUCAAGCUCGACCAGCCACUGAAUGCUAGGUUAAUGGUGGAGGCCGGUGUGGCUGUGGAGGUGGCAAGGGAUGGAAGUGGAAAAUUUAGCAGCCAAGAGUUUGCCAAUGCAAUCAAGAAGGUGAUUGUUGAGGAAUCGGGCCAAGAAAUGAGGGUGAAGGCUGCAGAACUGAGUGAGAAAAUGAAAAAGGAAGAUGAAGGUGUGAUGAAUGAAGCAGCAGAGCAACUGAGGAAAAUUUGCUUGGAACAUAAGCAGAAGAAGUAG